AACAACUUCCUCACCCUCGACGACUGCGAGAAGAGCUGCUGGACCAUCAAGAAAGUGCCCAAGUUAUGCCGGAUGGAGGCUGAUGGAGGACCUUGCAGGAGUCAUCUAAAAAGAUACGCCUUUAACUUGAGCUCGAUGAGGUGUGAGGAGUUCAUCUAUGGUGGCUGUUACGGAAAUGGCAACAACUUCAGAGAUUUGCAGUCUUGUGUGGACCACUGUCUGCCAGAGAAAACUGGUCCCUUGCUGUGCUAUAGCCCAAAGGAUGAAGGAUUGUGUUCUUCUUCUGUGCCACGCUAUUACUAUGACAGCAAGACUAAGUCAUGUAAGGAGUUCAAAUAUACUGGCUGUGGUGGAAACGCCAAUAACUUUGUUACUGAAACAGAUUGCUACAAUGUCUGCAGAAGUGGGACUCAGAAACCAGGAAUCAACAAACCAACAAAUGUAUUUCGCAGAAAAAUGAUGAGAAAACUGAUUAAAAAACCUUGGACCUAUAACCCAAAGACUUAA